AUGCCGGAUCGGGAGUCGCCCGAGUCACCAAGGGCCGCGCCUACCGCUGUACACAAAAGCGGAGGUGAAAAGUAUGCAACUGGUACACAAAGGAACAGGAUUCGUGUCAGAAACAACAUCACCCUUGGCACCUGGAGUGUGAAAACACUGAAAAACAGGCAAGGUAAAGUACUAAAGCACGAGAUGAACAGAUACCGCUGGAACAUCCUUGGACUCUAUGAAGUACGAUGGAAGAACAUUGGUGAAAUAUCUACCCAAGAAGGCCACAGGCUGUCUUACAGCGGCAGUGAGGACAGACAUGAGCAGGACGCUGGGGUCCUCGUUCACAAUGGCAGUGUGAACGCAGUAAGGGAUUGUCGGCCACUUUCCAGCCAGCUUAUUACCAUCCGUCUGAGGGCAACCCCCUUCAACAUUACCAUUGUUCAGGCAUAUGCCAAAACAACUACCCACAGUGAAGUCGGAUCAGACCCCCAAAACGACAUCCUUGUUGUGCAUGGCGAAUGGAAUGACAGAAUAGGAGAGGAUGGCUACAAGAACUGGAAAGGCACAUGCGGAAGCCACUGCAAUCCAGAGACGAAUGGCUGA